UACACAGAAAUGGCAGCUACAGAAUGCCUACUCCUAAUCUGCGUUUAGACCAGGGGUGGACUGACCAUUUGGAAACUUGGGCACUGCCAGAGGGCCCGGGGUCAGUAGGAGGCCCCAUGAGAUGCCCCUGGUACCUUUUUCAUAGGCUUUUUUGAGUUUGGGCAAGGACACAGGGGCCCCAUGAUCCCCUAUUGCCCGGGGGCCCCAUGAGUUGUCAGUCCGCCCCUGGUUUAGACACGUUUUUUGUG